GAAGCGCGGUGGCGGUGAUCCUCUCGCUGCUCUGGCUGAUCUUGCUGCUCCACUCAUCGGAUUGGGAAUCGCUGAGAGAUUCGCUGUAAAGAUGUCCGACGACGAACAGCAGGAGCAGACCAUUGCCGAGGACUUGGUUGUUACCAAGUAUAAGAUGGGCGGCGACAUUGCUAACCAGGCACUGCGGGUGGUCAUCGAGGCGGCCAAGCCAGGAGUGUCUGUCCUGAGCCUGUGUGAAAAAGGAGAUGCUUAUAUUAUGACAGAAACUGGGAAGGUCUUCAAAAAGGAGAAAGACAUGAAGAAAGGUAUUGCGUUCCCCACCAGCGUGUCGGUCAAUAACUGUGUAUGCCACUUCUCUCCCUUGAAGAGCGACCCUGACUACACACUAAAAGAUGGAGACUUGGUCAAAAUUGAUCUUGGAGUCCACGUGGAUGGCUUUAUCUCAAACGUGGCCCAUAGCUUUGUUGUUGGGGCCAGCAAGGAAGCACCCGUGACGGGCAGGAAAGCCGAUGUCAUCAAAGCUGCCUACUUGUGUGCGGAGGCAGCGCUUCGUCUUGUUAAACCUGGCAACCAUAACACACAGGUCACAGAAGCAUGGAACAAGAUCGCCCAGUCAUUCAAAUGCAAUCCAAUUGAGGGUAUGCUGUCCCACCAGUUAAAACAACACGUUAUCGAUGGUGAAAAGACGAUCAUCCAAAACCCCACAGACCAGCAGAAGAAGGACCAUGAGAAGGUGGAGUUUGAGGUCCAUGAGGUUUAUGCUGUGGAUGUGCUGAUCAGUACAGGAGAAGGAAAGGCAAGAGAUGGCGGUCAAAGGACCACCAUUUAUAAGCGGGACCCCAGUAAACAGUACGGUCUGAAAAUGAAAACCUCCAGAAUGUUCUUCAGUGAGGUGGAGAGACGCUUUGACGCCAUGCCUUUCACUCUCAGGGCAUUCGAAGAUGAGGGCAAAGCCCGUUUGGGAGUGGUCGAAUGUACCAAACAUGAGCUACUGCAGCCCUUCACUGUACUUAAUGAAAAGGAAGGAGAAUUUGUGACUCAGUUCAAGUUCACAGUGCUGCUGAUGGCCAAUGGGCCUUUGAGAAUCACCACUGGACCAUUUGAGCCAGAGUUCUACAAAUCUGAGCACGACGUUCAGGAUCCGGAGCUAAAGUCUCUGAUACAGAGCUCUGCAAGUCGUAAAGCACAGAAGAAGAAGAAAAAGAAGGCCUCCAAAAAUGCAGAAAAUGCUACAGGGCAGCAAGUGGAAAAUGAAGUUGCAGCGGAAUAGAUCGCCCACGGCCCAAAACAAUAUAUACCUUUUCAUUCAACAUGUAUACAGACACACGUAUAUACACACUCAAUUAUGGAACUUUAAAAAAAAAUCCACUCUUAACCCCUCGUUCAUCUCAGAAUUUUCGCUUGAGACCACUGGUUUAUGUGAUUUUGAAAAAGGAUCAAACUGCAAUUAGACUGCCAGACAACAGUGACUUUGUACUGAUUUUCAUAAGACUAUUGGCACUUAUUUUUUUGAAGCACUCAGUUUACAUUGAAACUGGAACAUAACACCUUUUGGAAAUGUAAUUGAUUAAAAAAACUGCAAAGUAUUUAAAAAAAA